AUGAAAGGGGACAUCAAUAUGGUACUAAAGGAUUCCCAGGAGACUCAAGAAUACUCAAUCACACAGCGAGAUAAUGUCAGAGGGAUCGGAAACCGAACAUUGAAAAGGAGUGAUCAGUUUUUGUCAGCAAAUAUAACAGACCACCACGUGCAAAAUAUGAUUCAUGAGAGGUGUAUUAAGUAUUUAUCGAUAUUUACUCUUGAAGUGAGCACAUUUAAAGCUUGGCCUGAAUAUGCUAUUCUUGAAAAAAAAUUUAGUGAAACAAAAGAUCGGAAGGGUCCUUACUACGACAAUACAGUUAUUCGUAUUAAUGAUGUUCCAACUGUAUUCAUCGAAUGUCCAGACUUUAUGUGUGAUAUAGCACUUCGGACGACAGACGAUGAAAAUAUAUUGAAACAAAGUGACGCCAUAUUCAUCAACUUUUCGCCAUGGAGGUAUAGGAAUAGAAUGCAUAAAAUUUCAAAUCGACUCGUGAAAAGUCUGCCAGAGAAUAUCAGACUUUUCUUCUAUGCAAUGGAAAGCCCAUUGAUGAUGAAUUACUGGGACUCUACUAUUGAUGAUAUUCAAUAUCAUUAUGACAUGACAUAUCACUCAGAGAGUGAUGUAAUCCUUCCAUAUAGUCGCUAUGUCCUAGGGGAACCGACAGAUAUGAAAGUUAUCAACUAUGCCGAGAAUAAAACCGACCUCCUUGUAUGGGUGGCCAGUAAUUGCAACAAUACAUUCUGGCCACGAAUGGAAUGGGUACAAGAUCUAAAGAAGCUGUUAACCUUUGAUACAUAUGGUAAAUGUGGUGACAAAAUUUGCCUCCCUCGAAUGUCUCCUGAAUGCACAAGGAAACAAUCUCGUUACAAGUUUACCUUGGCCCUUGAGAAUGCACAGUGUAAUGAGUAUAUCACCGAAAAGUUUUGGGUAAACGGCCUCAUGAAUGGUGUUGUUCCAAUUGUUUAUGGAGGGAAACGAAUAAGUUACGAGCAAGUAGCUCCUCCUAAUUCAUUCCUCCAUGUCGCCGACUUCUCUUCACAGGAAGAACUUGUAAAUUACCUCCUCAAAGUCGACAAGAACGACAGCCUUUACAAUGAGUUCUUUGCAUGGCGGAGACAAGGCCGCGUUGAGAAAAUGUACCCUGAACUCCAACCUAAAUCAUUUUGUAAAACUCUUCCCAUACUGUCAGACUCAACCCCAACACCUGUCAAGAAAGUUAGAGAUUCGAAAUAUUUCCAAAGUUGUCAAGGGGACGGUCAUAGAUCAUUUACAGUGGAGGGUGACAUUAAUAACUGGUCGCCAUGGAAGUAA